UCUCCGUCACCUCCACCACCAUAUAUUUAUAAGUCUCCACCACCACAUUCACCUUCUCCACCUCCUCCUUAUGUCUAUAAAUCACCACCACCACCAUCUCCUUCUCCACCACCACCGUACGUAUAUAAAUCUCCACCACCACCUUCACCUUCUCCACCACCACUGUACGUGUAUAAAUCACCACCGCCACCUUCCCCUUCUCCACCACCACCGUAUGUUUACAAGUCUCCACCACCACCUUUGCCUUCACCGCCACCACCGUAUGUCUAUAAGUCUCCACCACCACCGGGGAAAUCUCCGCCACCACCAUAUCAUUACACAUCACCACCACCGCCGGUGAAGUCUCCACCGCCUCCUUAUUACUACACUUUUCCACCACCACCGGUGAAGUCUCCAACGCCUCCUUAUUACUACACUUCUCCACCACCACCGGUGAAGUCUCCACCGCCUCCUUAUUACUACACUUCUCCACCACCACCGGUGAAAUCUCCACCACCACCAUACUACUACACAUCACCACCACCACCGGUGAAGUCUCCACCACCUCCUUAUUACUACACUUCUCCACCACCACCGGUGAAGUCUCCACCACCCCCAUACUACUACACAUCACCACCACCACCGGUGAAGUCUCCACCUCCUCCAUAUUACUACACAUCUCCGCCACCACAGGUGAAGUCACCACCACAACCACCACCGUACCACUACACAUCUCCACCACCGCCGGUGAAGUCGCAACCUGCACCGUACUACUACACAUCACCUCCACCACCGGUUCAUCAUCACUACCCACCUCACCACCAAUUGGUCGUUAAGGUGACCGGAAAAGUGUACUGUUAUAGGUGCUAUGAUUGGACAUACCCAUCGAAGUCUCAUAACAAGAAACAUCUCAAAGGUAUACACCAAAAUUCCUAUAAUCUUUUCCCAACUCUUUCAAUAUAUUUUGGUCAUUUGAAAUAUUCUACCGAUUAACAUGGUUGUAAUAAUAAAUUUUAAACCGCGUGGAUCAGGUGCCGUCGUGGAGGUCACAUGCAAAGUAGGAGACAAAGAAAUAGUGGCAUAUGGCAAAACAAAGAGCAAUGGGAAAUACAGCAUUCCAGUAAAAGGAUUAGAGUAUGGUAAAUAUAGAGCAAAGGCAUGCAAAGCCAAACUUCAUGCACCACCAAAGGGGUCAAAAUGCAAUAUCCCAACAAAUCUUCAUUGGGGAAAGAAAGGAGCCGAUCUCAAAGUGAAGUCAAAAACUAAAUAUGGAGUUGUGCUUUAUGCCAAACCAUUUGCUUAUGCACCCAAAACUCCUUAUGGAGAGUGUAGCAAGCCCAAGCCAAGCCCUACUCAUUACUACUACAAAUCUCCACCACCUCCCACUCCGACUUAUGUCUACAAGUCACCCCCACCUUCUGCACCAACUUACGUCUACAAAUCACCCCCACCCCCAAC